AUGACUUCCAGGUACGGAACAGCACCGAUGGCUGGACACAUCGGUAGAAUUCCGAAUUUUGGCAAAACACAGGUUAACCCAAUGGGCUCCGUAGAACCUCCUGCUUGCAUUCAGAAUGCAAUGAUGACAAAGGAUAAGAAGCCUUUCACAUACACACCUGGGGGACUAGAUUUGUCUCAAAUCAGAACUCCAAGCAUGGCAAGGAGAAUGGCACGACAACGUUCCAUGGAAGAACAAGAACAGGCGUAUUCUAAUCAAGCCAAUAACAAUCACCAUCCUCAAGGAGUACCUGCACCCCCUCCACCUCCUCCUCAGAAAAUACCAGCCCCUCCUCCACCGCCACCAUUAAUAAUUGAAGCCCCCAAAAAUUCUAUUGCAAAACCAAUACCAGCAGUUGGUGACCGUCCAGAGAUUGUUAUCCCUGAAAACCCAAUUGGUAUGUUACGAAAAACCAAUAGUCCGUAUCACUGGGAAGCUGAAAAGGCUGAGCUCCAGCGUAUUGGACCUGUUCCUAAAUUCGUUGAAAAGGUUCCAAGUCCUUUAACUGUAAAAUUACCAGCGUAUCAUGCGCCUCAGAAUUAUUCAUCGCCAAACAAUGUUCAAAGGCCAAACUUUUAUGGAAAUCAGAACCAUUCUCCUGAGAGCCCUCUUCAUAGACCAGAAGCACAAUAUGCUCAUCAAAAAUCAGGUUCACCAAAUGUUAGUGGAUCACCUCAAACAAGAGAAAUGUUGGUGCGACAGGAUUCUCAAUUUAAUAAAAGUCCUCAGCCUUUUGCAAAUCAAUCACCCUCGGGUAACUCUCCAUUUUCUCCAACGCCCAAUAAUCAUUGGAGACAACCAGAAAGACGUGAUUCUCCAGCUAGCACUACUAAUAGUCCACAGUCACCACAUAUAAAUCGUGGACCAUUUUCAGGAGCAGCAACACAAAGUUCUCCAAAUUAUAACCAAACGCCCAACAAUUCUGUUUUUCAUACCUUACCUCGAGGUGGACAGCGGAAUCAAGAUAUUUCUAAUAACAAUGUACAAAAUGAUUUUAACGCAAAUAUAAAAGAGAAACCUGUAAAUGAGACAGCACCUUGGCGAACACAAACUUUAAAUCGUCAUCCACGAGAGAACCAGCAGUCAGUUUAUAAUAAUAAUACACAACAGCAACCAUCUUACAAUCCCCCGUGGAAGGUAAAUGAGACAACAAACAAUAAUGUUGAAAACAAAUAUGGAUCUCCAUGGAAACAAGACAGUAGGAACAGUGGUAAUGUGGCUGAAAAUCAGCAAAUACCAAGUAAUCAGCAUUACACACCACCAUGGGUAAAUCAAGAAUAUAAUCGGGGACAAGAAAGUUCUCCGUGGAGAACACAAGAAAAAUCGGUUCCCCCUGUUACUCCUCCAGAAACAAGAUACCAAUCCUCAAUUUCGAUACCAGUGACGCCAAGAAAACAAGUAACACAAGCAGAAAAUAACAGCAGUCCUCAUCAAAAAGAAGCAGUGUAUGUUAAUCAGGAACCUGUUUACUACUGUCCUGGGAGCCCGAAAGUAGUACCAGGUUUUGUUAAAUCCCAGAAAGAGAAGACAAAAACACCUCCACCUUCAUGGUGUCAAAGGCCUUUAGAUGGUACCAAGAUAUUACCAAGGGAAUUAGCCACCCCUCCCAGAGAAAAUAAUCAAGAGCCGGAAUGGGUUAAAAAAAGUAAUGAUAUGCAAAGAGGAAAUCGUGAAGUCGUCAGUCCGCCAAGAUAUCAGCAACCAGUGCAACCGAAUUGGUCAACUCGUCCUUCAGAGAAUAGAAAAAGUCUCCCACGGGAAAACUCUCAAACAUCACAAGGAAGUAGAAUUAUUCCGAUUCAAAUGGAAGUGUCUAGUACUGAAACAAGGAACCAAGGCAAAACAGGUUCUAACCCUAAUCAGCCACAGUUAAGAAUAUUCAUUGAUAUGAAACAAAACCCUGAUCAGAAUAAUGCACAAGCACCUUACUCCCAGCCUACUCAGCGUAUUAUGAGGGUGCUAUCGCCUCAACUAGUCAGGAUGGAUGAAAGUCAGAGUCAACCGGAAUUGCCGACUUUAAACAGAAGUUUCAAUACUCAGGACAGUCAGCCAAAGACAAGAAUAAUUCCCAUACAAAUUGAAGGAGGAAACGGUGCAGGAGCUAAUAAAAGUAUGUACCAUAAGAUAAGACAAGAUACAUCUCCACGACAGUCAAAGGCGUUCAAAGUACUUCAAGUUAUUACCGGUACUGACGGGAAUUUUAUACAAUUCAAGGAAUCCGAUCAAGUUUACUCCGAUUUGUAA